AUGGUCACUGUUAAACUUUUGUUGGCCAUUGCUGCCCAUUAUUAUUGGCAUUUACACCAAUUAGAUGUCAAUAAUGUCUUUUUGAAUGGUGACCUUGAUGAAGAGAUUUACAUGUCUCUACCUCAAGGAUACACACUUAAGGGGAAGAAAACUAAUUUUCUCAAACCAGUUUGUAAACUUAACAAGAGUCUAUAUGACCUUAAGCAAGCUUCCAGACAAUGGAACACUAAGCUCACUACUUUCUUACUUGCAUAUGGUUUUCAACACUCACAUUCAGAUUAUUCUUUGUUCAUUAAACAUGACACUACUCAUUUCUUGGCUCUCUUAAUCUAUGUUGAUGAUGUUAUGAUUGUUAGCAACUCUACACAUGCUAUAAACACUCUUAUUCUUUACCUAUCAUCUUGUUUUCAAUUAAAAGAUCUUGGUGAACUAAAAUUCUUCCUUGGUCUUGAAAUUGCUAGGAAUAACAAAGGCCUUUUCCUAUCUCAGCGAGGAUAUGCUCUCCAAAUCCUUGAAGACAAUGGCACACUUGGAUGCAAGCCUACAUCUUCACCCAUGGAUGUCAACCUCAAGUUAUCUGCUGAAGAUGGUGAACUUCUUAAGGACCCAAAAGCCUAUAGAAGACUCAUUGGCCACCUCAUCUACUUGACCAUCACUCGGCCUGAUCUAUCAUAUGUCAUCAAUAGAUUGAGCCAAUUUGUUUGUUCGCCUCAGCAGCCCCAUUAUCAAGCCGCUCUCAAAGUGCUACACUACAUCAAAACCACUCCCGGUCGUGGUCUCUAUUAUCCUACCAGCAAGGACUUUAUCACUACCACUCCUUGGCCCUUAGAUACUUCCAUCAAAGUUUUAUGUGAUGUUGAUUGGGCCGCUUGCCCAGACACUCAACGUUCUAUUUCAGGUUUUUGUGUGUUUUUCAACAACUCUUUGGUCUCUUGGAAAUCAAAGAAACAACACACCAUCUCUCGCUCUUCCGCUGAAGCUGAGUAUAGAUCAAUGGCUAAUGCCACCUCUGAAGUUAUUUGGCUACUCUCCUUACUCAAAGAACUUGGUUUUCCUCAAACAAAACUAGUUCUUCUUUAUUGUGACAGCCAAGCAGCUCUUCAUAUCUCUUCCAAUCCUGUCUUCCAUGAACGCACAAAGCACAUAGAGAUAGAUUGUCACUUAGUUCGAGACAAAAUCAAGCAAGGAAUCAUCAACACUUGA